AUGGCAGCGAUGAUUCGGGUGAAGAACAUCACCGACAUGGGGGGCGUACGUGCCCCCCUGCUUGAGUACGACCGCACUGAGGGUAUGAUUCCUUUCUCCGAGCUAUCACCCAGCAGGAUACGGAGUGUCAGCAGCUUCAUCAAGGUGGUCCGGCGAGAGCCGGUCAUUGUUCUUCGAGUUGACCGCGAGAAGGGGUACAUCGAACUCAGCAAGCGCAAGGUGCGGGGAGCGCUUCAGCGAGAGCAAGCUUGUCCACUCCAUCGUGCGUCACGUCGCCGAGACCGUGCGGCUAGAUCUUGAGGUGGGUCCGAAAAUUCUCCAUCGAAUCGAAAGUCUGUCUCGCGGUUCGCCAGCGUUUUGAAAGUCUCCAUUGAUAUGUUCCUCCAAUUGGUUUGACGGGAUGCUUCUGUUUUGUUUUCUUGUUUCAUCACCUUUAAUACAAUACUACGUUCAGAUUUUUCUAUUGGUCUUGUAUCGUCCGUUCUUCUUGCCAACCUGCUAUGGUAUUGGAUACCAACCGUUGCUCAGUGUUUGUCAUUAAUUGCAACGCAUCAGAAAUGCAUCACAUACGAGGAAGUCACGCGUCUUUGAUAUCUUUUUAGAUUUUAUCUUAACGGGGGGUGACAGUGAAACUCGCCGUUUUUUUGUUACUGACGCGCAUUAACUGGUUUUGCUAUCGUUAUUAUGAUUCUUUUCUAAAAGACAUGCUUCUCAUGACCUCUUAAACCAGUAAUUCAUUUUUGGCGGUUUAAAAUACUCUAAUUCUUCACCGUUUCAAUGGAAAAAAGUUCUCUUUGCUUAAUAAUUUUAGACGGUUGACCUAUCGGUUGCUCCACAAGAUCAGCACUACCCAAUACGAUUCAAAGGGAUUCUUAGCCCGCAUUUGAGUUCUUAAAAUGAUACAAAAUCAGGCCCGAUUUGGCUUUUUUCUGCCUGAUCUUAUUCAUUCCUACUCGGAAUGUCCAAUUUCUGGGAGUAUUGAACUGGUUGGUUCAAUUAACGGAGGCAGAGGAAGAAUAGUUGAGCUGCCACUGAUUGCCGCUGCUAGCCGCCAGUUGCUGCGUGGCUUACCUGCUGCCUGCAUGUUCAUUCCUCUGCCCCCCCCCCCCCUUCCAUGUCACAGAAUGAGUUGUGGUUUUGUGCUGGGCUAUUACUAAUAUUAUGUUUUUUAAACUUCAUUUAUUUUCCCUUCGAUUUACGCUUAGUCUUUUUCCAUCAAUCGAUUGAUCUGAUACUCGAUCCUGCUCAAAUUGGGCGAAGCUGAUUAAGCCACCUGAUUUGACCUUGGGUUCCAUGAUUCAAGCUCCUGGCCCUGAUGGUUUCUCCUGAGGUCUCUAUCAACCCUGUUGGGACAUGAUCAAGAGGGACCUCGGGUCUAAAAUCAAUAAAUUCCUGGAAUUACCACUAUUCGUUAAAAAAAACUUCGAUCUUGCACUCUUUAUUCUCAUUUGCGAGGAGGGUGCUGAUGAUGUUUCAGGAUAUAAACUCAGCUCUUGAGCCUUCUUUACAAGGUGAUCUGAAAUGUCGAUUCACAGUGGGACUGGGCAAAGUCUUCAUGUUCUAACUGCUUAUGUUGACUUAAAAAAGGAAAGUCUUCAUGUUCUAGGAUAAUAAAGGCAGGGUUAGUCACCUUAUUGCUUAGCAACAAGUGAGGCAUAUUUUGAGUAAAGUUGUCAGCCUUUCAUGCUGGCAGCGGUGACAAUGUAAGCCUGAAAGAAGCUUUCUGUUGCCAUCAUUGGCGCAUGAUGGAAAACAUUAUACCCUUUAAAUUGGCAAGACGCUCUUUCAGUACUUAAUCCAUCUUUUACACUCGAAUGUCUUUUGGAAAAUCAAAAAAGAAAGGGAAAAGGGUUCUUCUUUAGUUGUUGGUUGGCUUAAGAAGUUAAUCGAAAUCGUAGCUGGCACUCAUGUUUGUCAUGAAAAUUCCAUCCAACGCUCCACUCUUGUAUCAAAUCGGAAGCUUCAUUCCCAUGCUCAACAUCAAUGAUACUAUCUUAAGCUGACCUAUUUAAUUAUUACCUAGCUGACCUAGUUUCAAGCCUGCCAACAUCCAAUUCUCAAGUAGAUCUGAUCCCACUAACAGGAGAAAACACAUGUUGCAUUUUAAUCUGUAGGCUACUUGUUUUCAAUACCGCAUCAAUACAUGUAGAUCACAGUAUUACACACGUUUAGCAUUAGUGGGACAAGUUGUCCAUUUGCUUCUAACUGGUUCCGUUUUGUUCUGCCUCCUUAUUGACGGGAAGCCUGAUACCCGAUCAAAAACUCCCAUUGCAACAAUGAUUCCUCCACCUAAUAAUGCUGAUAUAGCUUUCUCUUAGUCGGAAGUAAACUUUCUGUCCCUCAGCAAAUGCGAAUUGCAAUUGACAGCAGCAUUGUUCGUUGUUGAUUCUCUUACCAAAACUUCAUCUAUCUUAUCAUACUUUGAUCAUAAUUCCUAUUCAAUCAGUGGUCAGGCUGAACAUGCUCAAAUCUUCGUAGUUGUGCUCUGUAUCUUCAAGUAAUCUAAGCCUAUGCAUCUCUUCCAUAUAUGGUCUCACUAUCAAGGCUUUGGUCCUUUGAAUUUUGGAUUCCUUGACCAGUGGGAUUGUCUUCAAUUUAUUUCCAAAUAUUGUGUGAUGUCACCUCCAAUGGCUGGAAAACCUUGACCAUCUUGUGAGGGCUCAAAAUUCUCGUCGCUUGCGGCAGCUGAACCUGGAACCUUGUGAGAAUCUCUCAAUUCGUUGUGUUACACUUUCAGUGUGAACAUACUCGGCUUCUGGGAUCUGUGGGGCAUUUGGUGCUUCAUUGCUUUCUGUGGGCUUAACAUAUCCGUGAAUAGAUAUGCAGGGCAAUCUUAUCAGAGGUCUCUAUGCCUCUGCAACCUUAAGUCCGAGCCGUCUUGCUGUGUUUUCAACUUGUGCUUUAAAAAAUAAUUUCAGAAUUCACUAAAUAUGCCGACUAACCAAAUUCUUUUGUUGCUUGCUACUAAGCAUUUAUUUUUCUAUUUAUUUGUGGUCUGCUGUGUUCUUGACAGGAACAAGUGAUAUUUCUUCCUGAAGAGGUAGAUCAGCAUGAGGGGAAAGUCACAGUGGAGGAGUGACCAAGAGCUGUAUGUUUCGUCAUCUCAAAGUAUAUAAUUCCUAUUUAUUCAUCGAAGCAGUGAUGCGUCAUAUAUCUCUGAAAUGUUACAUCAGCCCUUGCUGAGGCAUUAGUUUUUAUUUGAGGUUUGAAAAUACCUACACAGGAUAUUCUAUUUCUAACUGCGGACUUACUGCUAUUUUGGAAAUGCAUGAGAAGAUAAUCUUUAUAUUCAUAUAAGUCAACCACUAUUCUAAGAUCUUGGGCACGCGUUGGUUAUUCAUAAUAUAUUUUUUUUAUGUAAAUUGAUUUUAUUUUUUCUUGUACACAAUAUAAGCACAACUUAUGUAAUAGCGUUGGACAUUGCUUGAGUAUGCAUUGACAUAAUUUUUUUGGUAAAAAUAGUUUUAUUAUUAAUAAUACUCGGAGCAGUUUAAUCGAUUCUAUUUUGUGAAUGAAUGUAUAUACGUUUAUAUAUAUGCUUCUCUUAUCCUUGUAUUUUGUUUUUUAAAAUAUUUACUGUUUGAGAUAUCGAUAUUCAUACUUGACACCCAUGGCCAUAUUACAAACAGGAUUUCCUUUACUGACAUAAUUUCUUAGCUUAUCUUCUAGUUCAUUUGACUUUCGGCCUUUUCCUAGAUGCUCUUUCCCAGGAUAUCUGAUUUCUUCUGGUGUUUUUCUCACUUUGCAUCACAUAUUCACGUUACCCUGGAGGUUCCGGUUCAGAGUGUUUUCGAAUUUUCUGAUCAGGAACUCCUUUCUUGGGAAAUUCUACAUGACUGUUGUGAAAUUCCCUGCAGCACAGACGGUGGCCGAGCUGUCCUGCUCUUGAUCUGCAUGUUGAUUUUCCUUUUUCUGGUGAAUAAUUUAGCCGUUGGCUGAUCCAGUUAACCGAGCGGGAUGACAAGCUUCUUGCAGAGCGCAUGGCGAAGCUGCACGCUGUCGACAAGGAGGAAGAGAUGGAAAUGGGAGAGAUUAACCUUGACGGUUCGGCAGUGGGUAUAACUGAGUAG